AUGCUGCCGGCGCCGCUCGUACCUGCCUUGUGGCGGACCGUCGAAGCAGGCUGGGUCCAUCGGGCCAGAGGUGCGUACCAUGUCCCUCGUACCCGGAACCGGACUCUGAAUAAUCUCACCUCCGAUCGCUCCGGCUUCAGUCUCAGAAAUGCCUCCCCUUACCCGCGCAAAGACAAGCACCUCUCCAUCAUCGCCGAGGUUGAGUCCGAGCCCGUCUCGCCCCCAGCCCCGGCCCCGUCCACCUCGAGCUCACCACCCGGCACGGCGGCCGAAGCUGACGCCACACGCGCGCAGGUCGCGCGCAUGCGCACCAUGCUCGCCGCUGGCGUGCCCGCCGACGUCGUGCUCGAGUCGUUCCCCUCCGUCACCCCUUCUUCUUCCUCCUUCUCCGCCUCCGCCGCCGCCGAUCCCGCGUCGGGCGUACCGGUGCCCGACUGCCACCCCGUCCGGCGCGCAGCUCCUGGCCCGGGCGACGCACAGGACGCGGCCGCAGCGCCUACGAAGCUCACGAAGGACAGGCCGCGCUGGCGCAAGGGCCUCUUCGGCUUGCGCCAAUACUCGGGUGGCCCGCCGAAGACGAAGGUGAAGGUGAAGGAGAAGGCGCGGCACCUGAGCUGGAGCAGGCCCGAGACGCUGCCGCCACCGGGGAGCCGCGACGUGCAGGUGGUCGGGGUGUCGGCGAGCGCGGGGAUGCAGGGGAAGGGCAAGUCGGGCCGGUUUGUGGAGGGCGACAUUCCGUGGCACAAUAUCCCGGGGGCCUUUGGCGGGAGGCUCGUCUAG